CAUUCUUGCACACAAGCUUCUUCAUCAGUGACAAGAAAAUCAUUCACUGAGCAUCAAGAGCAAGAGGAAAAUGAAGUCUGCUGCAGUUUUUGUUGUCUUUGCUGGUCUACUUAUCGUUUAUGUACAAGGACAGGCCAAGACAAGUUCAUCGAGGUGUUUGUGUCAGGGUCCUCUGGCCAAUGUAGUUCGUACACAACGUAUUGACAAAAUUGAGGUUUAUCCUGUUAGUGCAUCUUGUGAAAAUGUGGAAAUCAUUGUCACUCUGAAAGACGGUGCAGGGAAAAAAUGCUUGAAUCCAAAAUCUGAAUUUACUCAGAAAUACAUCAAGGCAGCUUUAAGAAAAGACGUGCAGAGUAAAGCAUAAACCGUCAUCACUGAACAGAAGUGGAAGAAGAGUACACAGAGAUGUCUUUGCUACUUAAUAUAUUUCCAAUCUUGUAAAACCUGUACAUAUAUGUCUAAGAUUUAAUUUAUGAUUGUUCUAUCUUAAUAUGGCCCAAUGUAUAUAAUUUUGAGGAAACAUGAAAGAUCUUUUAAAACUAUUGUUUCUGUAUACUGCCAAACUAAAUUAUAAUAAAAACAGCACAUAACAGUGCUUAAAACCUUCAGAAA